UAAUAAUUUGGAGAAAAAGCAUGAAUGGCGUUUACAUUUUGAAGAGGAAAUUUCAAUUGAUGCGUUACAGCACAUGACUUUAGUUCAUCGCCUAGAAAAUAUGAGUUCAUUGUCAUCACUAGACGAAAUAUAUGAUGACUUUGAUCUUUCCGGAAGUGAUGAUGAAAAUAAUAAUUCUUCUAAGUUGUAUAUGCAGAAGUUUCAGAACAAAGUGGACUUCUCAAUGAAAAAUGAAAGACAAAUGAAGGAUAAAAGCGACAGAGCAACAACAGAUCAUGCUCUUGAUAGACGAUCCUGUUCCAUAUUGUUCAAGAUGAUGAAUCAGGGCAUAUUCACGGAAGUAAAUGGCUGCAUUAGCACAGGCAAAGAAGCUAAUAUAUAUCAUGUGAAGAAUGGAGAUGAUACUGAUCUUGCUAUCAAAGUCUAUAUGACAUCGAUAAUGCCGUUUAAAUCUCGUGAUAAAUACGUGAAAGGUGAUUUUAGAAUGCGACAUGGAUAUUCUAAAGCAACAUCAUGGAAACUUGUUUGUAAAUGGAGUGAAAAAGAGUAUCGUAAUCUGCUAAGAAUAAAUCAGUCUGGUUUGAUAAAUGCACCGAAACCGUUACGUUUAAAAGGUGUUGUAUUGUUAAUGACAUUUAUUGGAAAAGAUGGUGUUCCUGCUCCAAAGUUAAAAGAUGUUUGUCUAGAAGAAGAAGAAGAAGAAAACAUGGGAGAAGGAAAAGGUGACAAACAGACUCCAAAUUGGUCGAAUUUAUACUCUCAAGUUAUAAAUGAUAUCAGAACACUGUUUCAAAAGUGUCGUCUAGUUCACGCAGAUCUCAGUGAAUAUAAUCUACUUUAUCUUGACGGAAAAGUAUGGAUGAUUGAUGUAUCUCAGGCUGUGGAACACGAAUCUCCGCAAGCGCUUGAAUAUUUAAGAACCGAUUGUCAUAAUAUAAAUACCUUCUUUCGAAAGCAAGGUGUCUCAACUUUAACAUUGCGGGAACUAUUCGAAUGGGUUGUGAAUCCCACGCUGCCUUCACCUGAUGAUCCUUCGUCUGUAGAAUGUUUAGCAUCUUUACUUCGAGAAGCGUCGAUUCGUGGGAUGAAUGAAACUAUGGAGAAAGAGGAUGAAGCUUUCAGAUUUGUACAUAUUCCAAGGAAUUUAUCAGUAUCAUAUCCAUUUAUAAGGGAUUUCCUUAAGUUACAACGUGGACAACUACUACCAUCUGACAUUUAUUAUGCAGCUAUUACUGGGUUGAAAUCAGACUUAACAGGUGCCGCACAGCCAUCACCAUCAACUGAACAAGUAACAGAAAACAAAGAACCUGAAUCAGAUGCUGAAUCUGUAUCAUCAGAAAAAGCUUCAGUUUAUUCAGAUGCCGCUUCAGAGGCUAAGAAAGAUGAGAAGACUAAAGUAAAAGGUGCUCCACGACCCCGAAAUGAAUCUCCAGAAAGUCGCAGGAAUCGGAAGAAAGCAAUUAAACAAGAACAAGCUGAAAACAGAAAGCACAAAAUCCCUAAACACGUCAAAAGACGUAAAAUAAAAAAGUAA